AUGUUCGGCGCCCUUCGCCGAAACGCGGUCGCUCAUGCGGUGCGCUUUUCUUCUCGGUCUCUCCUGGGUAGAACAAUUCCUCAACGGCCACAAUGGUAUCGCGAAUCGUUAUCCGUGACUCUUCACGAGAUCCGGACAUAUCAUUCAUCGACUAUCAGCUUCUCGGCUGCUGCGCAAGCCCAGCAACAGACUGAAGACUGGGCGGAAACGCCGGUCCCGACCAGAUUUGCAGAGCUUGCCGACCAAGGACUGGUCCAUCCCAGGAUCAUUCGUACAAUCACCGCCGAGAAGAACAUCAAAACCAUGACUGAAGUUCAGAGCAUGACAAUCAAUGAGACAUUGUCUGGCCGUGAUGUACUGGCUCAGGCUAAAACUGGUACCGGAAAGACAAUCGCCUUCCUCCUCCCUGUCCUGCAGAACAUCUUGAAAGAUCAGUCUAUAAAGGCGCGCCCAUCCAGGAACAAUCGUCCUACCCCGUCUGAUAUCCGUGGCAUCAUCAUCUCACCAACUCGUGAACUGGCUGAACAGAUCGCCAAGGAGGCGCGGCAACUGGCGUACGGAACUGGAGUUGUAGUGCAGACGGCUGUCGGAGGAACGCGUAAGAGAGAGCACCUGAUGCAGAUGAAAAGGCAAGGAUGCCAUCUCUUGGUCGGCACCCCGGGACGCCUCAAGGAUCUGCUUUCCGAUCCGUAUAGCGGUGUUGCAGCUCCCAACUUGUCUUCAUUCGUCCUGGAUGAGGCCGAUCGCCUUCUGGAUGAUGGGUUUGCCCCCGAUAUUCAGGAGCUGCAGCGCAUGCUCCCGGACCCGAUGAAAGUGGACCGACAAACGCUCUUGUUCUCCGCCACAGUGCCGAGAGAGGUCAUGACCAUGGUUCGACGGACCAUGAAGCCCGAUUACAAGUUCAUCCGGACCGUCAAAGAAGACGAAGUGCCUACUCAUCUAGCUGUGCCCCAAAAGGCGGUCAUUCUCGAUGGUUACCAGAACGCGUUGCCCGCCAUCCUGGAGCUGGCCAAAACCUAUGCCGCUGAGCCGGCCAACAGAGGCCGCCCUUUCAAGGCGAUCGUCUACUUCAACUCGACUAAGCAAGUCCGGAUCGCCUUCGAAGUGUUCCUCGAGCUUCUCAAGGGUCGCGAUAGUCCCCUGAAAGCCCACGGCCUCGGCACGCGUAUUUACGAGCUGCACUCUCGUCUGUCCCAGGAUAAGAGGACUCGCACGUCCGAAUUCUUCCGGGAGAGUCGCAGUGCCAUUCUGUUUUCUUCCGAUGUGACUGCCCGCGGUAUGGAUUUCCCUGGGGUCACUCACGUGCUGCAAGUUGGACUUCCCCGUGACCGUCCGACCUACAUCCAUCGUCUGGGACGAACGGGACGUGCCAACCAGACCGGUGAGGGCUGGAUUUUCCUCCACAGGGGAGAGAUCCCUGUCUCCAGAACGAGAUUGUCUGAACUCCCCAUUGAGGUCGAUUCGUCGUUGUCGAUGGCUACUGCCAACAUGCGCGAGCCGCUCGACGCCGACGAACCGGAGGGAGAGAUCAUCACUCAGAUCAACAGCGCGAUGUCGAAGAUCCCCGACGACUCCAAGGCAGAGGCCUAUCUGUCGCAACUGACGGGCUCUAUCUCCGCGUUCGACAAGAAGAACGUCCUGGCUCAGGCUAUGAACGACCUCGCGGUUUACGGCUACGGGCUGCCAUCGCCCCCUGAGAUCCCGUACCCAAUUGCUCAGAAAUCUGGCCUUCUCCGAGUCCAGGGUCUCCAGCUCGACCGUCCUGUGAGCAAUGACCGCAGGCCUCGGCGCAGCCGGGACGAGAGACCCUACGGACGGCCUAGACGCCAGUCACGUUCCCGCUAUUGA